GCUGAAAUACCCCUCCCACCACCACAGGUGGAGUGGGCUGGCACUUGGAUGUGAAACUGGAGAGAACUGGUUCGCGUUUGCACUUUAGUUCCUGAUGGGAAGGGAGCCCGGGCAGCCCUCUCCUUUCCUCGGCACAGAGCUGCCUGCCCACCCACAAGGAUGCCUCGGUGGCUCGGACUCCUGCUCUUGGCGAGGGUCGCUGCCUCAGUGAACUUCUUCCAUCACAGCUACGAUGAGCUGGUGCGAGCCCUAUUGGACGUGCAGGCCUCGUGCCCCUAUAUUACCAGGUUUUACAGCAUUGGACGCAGCGUCCAGGGCCGUGACCUCUACGUGCUGGAGAUCAGCGACAAUCCUGGCAUCCAUGAGCCCCUGGAGCCGGAAUUCAAGUAUGUGGCAAACAUGCAUGGGAAUGAGGUGCUGGGCCGGGAACUGCUGCUGCAGCUCGCCGAGUUCCUGUGCGAGGAGUACCGGCACGGCAACCAGCGCAUCACGCAGCUCAUCCAUGAGACACGCAUUCACCUCUUGCCCUCAAUGAACCCUGAUGGAUAUGAGGUGGCAGCUGCCCAGGUACCAGGUGACCUUGGGUACCUCACUGGUAGAAACAAUGCCAAUGGAGUUGAUCUCAACCGUAACUUUCCUGACCUCAAUACCAUGAUGUACUACAAUGAGAAACAGGGUGGACGCAACCACCACAUCCCCUUGCCAGACAACUGGAAAAGUCAGGUAGAGCCAGAGACUUUGGCUGUGAUUAAGUGGAUGAAGAGCUACAAUUUUGUCCUCUCAGCCAAUCUCCAUGGUGGAGCUGUUGUUGCCAAUUACCCUUAUGACAAAUCCCAUGAACAGAGAAACCGAGGCAUUUGGCGUGCGAGCAGCACUCCCACUCCUGACGACAGUAUCUUCAAGAAGCUGGCCAAGGGCUAUUCAUAUGCCCAUGGAUGGAUGCACCGGGGCACGAACUGUGGGGAUUUCUUUCCGGAUGGCAUCACCAAUGGGGCCUCCUGGUAUUCACUCACCAAGGGGAUGCAGGACUUCAAUUACCUGUACACCAACUGCUUUGAUAUUACUCUUGAGCUGAGCUGUGACAAAUUCCCACCACAGGAAAAGCUGGCGUUUGAAUGGCUGGCAAACCGUGAGGCACUUAUUGCCUACAUAGAAGAGGUUCACCAGGGCAUCAAAGGCCUGGUGUCAGAUGAGAACAACAACAAACUUGCGGAUGCCGUCAUUUCCGUCAAAGGAAUCAGCCAUGAUAUCACUUCCGGUGAACAUGGUGAUUAUUUCCGGCUGCUGUUGCCAGGUACUUACACAGUUACUGCAUCAGCAGAAGGAUAUCAGCCCCAAACUGUGACUGUGAUCGUGGGCCCAGCCGCAGCCUCAGUGGUGCAUUUCCAGCUCAGGCAGAACAUAUCAGAGACUCCACCUCUCCGGAAGGCUUCUGACAAAGGCCCCACUGCUAAAGCUCUGCAUAAGAAGGUUGUGCCACGAGCUGCCCAAUGGGAGACACCGCGAUGAAGAUGCAGAACCAACAUUGAACGAUGGUGAUUUGUCCAAGGUCAUAGAGGGGCCAUGGCUAUCCACACUGGCUUCCUUGAUUAGCAAUGCUUUUUAUUUACUAUUCCAAGCCCCUUGGGACUGACUUUGUACUUUCAACACCUGAUGCUUCAAAUUGGUUAGAUUCAAUAUCCCAGAAAGGACAAGGAAUUAUCCCAUUCCCGUAAUUCCCUCAGAAAAGCACUGUUUUACAGGACACAGCCCUUAAGACCAACUGCAAUAAAAAUAACAUUAUAAAUGCACAAGACAAAUUUAUA